UGUCCAGACUUCCCAACACUUAAAACAUUUUGGAAUUGCAGAACAGCUACUGGAAUAACGGAGUACCAAGCGCUCGGAUACACGAAAAUCUUCAAUCAAUUCGAUUUCUCUUGCGGCGCUGGCUACACCGAGUUUGCCAAUAACGAAUGUGCGUCGACCGUUUUUCUUACCGGUACCGCCGAUAUGAGGGCAUGUGAUAGCAACUUUGCAGCUUCAAAUUAA